CUAUCCUUCUUUUUAUUAUAAAUAAGUAAUAUAAAUUAGUUGUUUUACAGAAGGAGGAAAAUCUUACAUAAUGUGCAAGUUAUAUAUAAUAAAUAAAAACACCAGAAUGAAUCAAAGACAUUUUAUAAUUAUUGCUACACCUAUUCUAUAAAAAUGUUACUUUAUAAUAAAAAAAAUUCAAAUAAAGAAUUAUGUAUUAAUAUCGCUUCUGUUCAUUCGCGCAAGUCUAAAGCAAAGUGUUUUGCCGUACGGUAACUAUGACUACGCUUAAGAAGGGACACCAAUAAUACGUGUCAAACCUUUAUUGCAAAGAAAUUCGCAAAAAAUCAAUUAAACGUGCUAAAAAAAUUCUCCGCAUCGCACAAAAUGAACGAAAAAGAUGAUAGCGCUUGGGUCUUUGACUCUUUGAUUGGUUUUCUUCAAGGUCCUAUUUGGUCUACGCCUCUCAUUACUUUCAUUGAAGAGAAAUCGCUCAUAUUCGAAGCGGAUGUCGAGGAAAAUGAUGAGUAUCAAAAGAUAUAUCAGGAGUACAAAAAUCUGGUGGAUUUAUUGCUUGGUUGUUUUAUGGAAGACAUGGGAAUCACUCCAGAACAAUUUGAGUACGCUUGUACCGUAAAUAAAUAUACAAAAAUGCCUAUACAAUUCCAACAGAAUUUGUUUGAACAAAUAUGGGCUGCGAACGAGUAUGAGAUAUUCAAGAGAAUGAUGAUACAGAAGAACCUGGAACUUCAACUACAAGCUUUGAAUAUGAUCGAGCAAAAGUAUGGCCUCACACCUGUAUCCUUGAUGUACGAAACGGAUACAUCAAACGAAGAUCCUCUAGUCAUGGAAGAAUUAAUUCAGAAACAUGUAUUGGAAAAUGAUUCGAAAGAUCAAAAUAUAUCCUCAGAAACUUCGCUUAUCAGAGAACACGAAUGUUUGAUAGCUAAAUAUAAUAAUGAAAGGAUAUUGUUAUCAGAAACUUUAAAAAUAUUACAAGAAAAAAAGGGAGAUUCAUCAUCUUUUAAAGUAAAAGAAGAAGAAGCAAAAAAAAGAGAAAUUAAAAUAAAAAAAGAAAAAGAGGAAGACGAGGGAGAUAAAGAGAAAGAAAAAGAUACUCAUAGAUUUCCUAAAGCGCUUCCUUUAGAUUCUAUAUCUACAAAUGAAUCAAAAUCAAACGAACAAAAUAUAUCAGAAGAAGAUAUAAAAAAGAGACAGGUUUACUUGAAAGCUAGACGCGAUAAAUUGGUAGCAUUAAAAAAAGAAGCAAGAAGUCAACGAUUGGAAAUGAAUUCAACGAGACCGAGUUCCGCAAGGACAAUAGCGGAAGCAACGAUUAAAGGGGAACAAGAAUUAAAAUUACCAGAAUCUCUAGAUCCAUCCAUAUUGCAAGUACGCAAAGCACUCGCAGCUCGUCUCCAAACUGAGGUAGUGCGUAAGCAAACGAAUUAAUGAUAAUGAUUCUUAUAAAGUGAAAAAAAUUAGGAUAUUAAUAUUUUAUCGCGGUAAGAAUAUUCUUUCGAGAAAUAUCAUAUACAGCGAUUAAAUUACACUUUUUUGUAGACGUUUAACAUAAAAAUAGCAAAAAAGUUUAUAAGGUAACGUUCAGAAACUUUGAAUUAAGAUGAUCAAUCUAAAUAACAAAAUGAUUUACAAUUACGCCUAAAACAAAACGAGUAUAGUUUUUUUUUCUUUUUGUAUACAAUUUCAAGUAUUCAUUACAUCGGUUUAUUUUACCUUUGAAUUGAAAUAAGUCUGAUUUAGGAUCAUUACAGUUUGCACAUAAGUAUAUAUUUCCGCUUAUGAAUACCGACAAAAUGAUAAAUAGUUUUUUAAGGUCACUUGCAUUAUUUUCUCUUACUCAUUCGAUGCGUUUUUCAUGAUUAUAAUCAUUGAUAUUAAUUUUAUUCGUGAGAGAAAAAAAAAAAUAAAAAGAAAAAGCAUACAAUCUUUCUAUAACAAUUUGCAUAAAUCUUCAAAACAAGUGAUAUAAAUAAAUAAAAAAUAAAAAAAACAUAGUGUUUCUCGUUUUUUAUAUGUUUUUCAUAUUUUAUAGAAAAUUAACAUCUGUAAAUAUUUCAAUUUUUAUGUUUGUUUUUUUUAUAUAUAAUUAAUUCUUUAAAUGAAAUUAUAUUUUUUAUUUGAUCGAUGUAAAGAGAAGAGAAUGCGAAGAUAACAUAAAAGUUGUGUAAUACACAGCUUUUAAUAAAUGCUUUCAGAAAAUUAUAAAUACGCUGUAAAAUUUGUUUUACAUAUAAUUAUCUAAUAGCAUAAAUUGUAUAAAUCACAAUUAGAAGAUAAAUAGAACUGAAAAUCAAUGAUCAUUAUAUUUAUACAAAGAAAUAUUCUUUCUUCUUCUUAUUCUUUGUGAAUAAACAUUGAGGUAAGUUAUGAUUCUGAUUAUUGAUCAGUUCUUUUAAUUUUAGAUUUUAUUUAAUUAUUCUCCGCAGUUCUACAACAUACUUUUAUUCUGUGUAACACACAAUUAUCAUUCUCACUUCUUUCCUCUUUUAGUUAUAUAAUUAUAUAGACAAACUGAUUUCGUGACAAAAUACGAGUAUUCUUUAAUUUAAAUAAUAAUAUAAUAAUGUAAAUUUUAUAUUUGUAAAACAAAAUCAAAAUCAAAAUACUUAUGAAAUUUAAAAUUCUUUAUGCAUCUUGUUUGUAUUAUAUUGUUUAAAAUUAUAUAUCAAUAUAUAUAAUUUUUUAAAUUGAUUACUAAUUAAAAUAUAUAAAAUAUAAGAAUUUUCACUAGUCGCUUUUCACCAUGAAUUCAACAAUUCGAAUUUCUUGCUCAUCUAAUCAAUUAUUAUUUAUACUUCUCUAGAAUAAAAUGCAAAAUAUUUCUUUUCCACGGUUUUCCAUUUAAUUAUUAUCAUACUAUACAUAAAUCAAAGUUUUUAAUAAAUAACU